UGAAGCGGAGCCUGGUGGAGAGAGAGCGCCGCAUUCGUCUGUGCCUGCCCCGCUGGCAUCGGGCUCAAAGUGCAAGCCGACGGCACUUCGAUGGCCUUCGCCGCAUGGCUGGCGGGCGAGGCGGUGCACGGCGCUGGGCAGGCAGCGCUGCUGUGGGCGGCUCGCGGUGAGUGCCCGGCCUGCACGUGCGCGCCAGCCCUCACUUGCGCCCCGGGCCAGGAGGCGGCCCGCCUGGACUGCCCGGGCGGACCCCCGGGGUGGGCGCUGUCAGCGGUGGCCCUCGCUGGCGUGACCGGCUUCUCUGGGGGUCUCCUGGCCGCGCGGUGGCUGGGCGCCUGGCAGCCGAUCGCUGGCCCUCCGCCCAAGCCGUCUUUGGAGGAGGAAGCUAGAGGGCUCGACGAGGGCGACUUCAUCCAUGUGCUGUAUCGCGUGGGAGGCGCUCGGAUCUGGCACGAGCGCUUGAUCCUGGCAUUUCAGACGGUGCCGCCGUUCGGGACAGGGAUCAUGACUCCAGAUGGUCACGCCUAUGUGGAGGCCAUCAUGCAGAACGGGGCGGACAUCAGGGAGUACGCGAUCCCCGCCGGCGCCGCAGCCGGCGCCGUGGCGGCCGUCACAGCUGGUGACCAGGUCUACCGCUUCCGUGGUCUCCCUCUUCCUGGUGAUGUCGCGACAGGUGCCGCCUCUGUUCGAGGUACUCUUGGGCUGGGCGCGGGACCGCCGAUCGCGCUGAACACGGCAGGGCGUGUCAUCGCGGCCGUGCUCGGCGCUCCGGCUGGCGCGGGGCCUGCGGGGGCCCCCGCGGCUGGCGAGGCCGGCGGCGCUCCUGGGGCUCUGGGCGGUCUGGCAGGGCUAGCCGCAGCCCUUGGGGGCGGCCCAGCGGCCGCGCCAGCGGGCGCUGCCGCCCUUGUACCAGUGGCGGCAGCGCCUGCACCUGCGGCUGGAGGCGCUCCUGGGGGCGACGCUCGGAUUCAGUCGGUGGCUUUCGACGCGCAGGGAGUGAGGUACGUGGACAUUCGAGCUGCAGUGGUUCGCCUUCGCGAGCUACCUUGGGGCGACUGGCCCCUCAAGGGGCCCCGCACACUGCAAUGGGUGCUGAACUUCAUCUGCCGCAAUGGGGGUACUCCCCUUGGCAGGCGCACGAAGUGGGUCUCGGAGGGGUACCUUGAGGCGGACGAUCCUGGGGUCGAUACCCACCUGCUGUGCUGCCGCCUCCUCGAGCUGGGCGUGGUCUACGAUCAGCUCCACGUGACUAACAUCGCUGCCAUGGAGUUGGUCGGUCGGACUCUCCAGACCCAGGAGGAGCUGUACCGAGACAGGUUCGCCGCUGCCUCGGAGUUCGGCUCAGACGCAGCGCUGAUGUCGGGUGCUCUGGACGCAGGCGGGAACGUGUGCGUGGCGCCGGCUCUGAGGGACUGGCUGGCCGCGGAGAAGGCGCGCGAGGCCAACAUAGCCAAGGAGCGGCGCAAGGCGCGCGAG